AUGACUUCAUGGAGAACAGGACUGGCCUCAUGGCAUAUGCCCAGUAAAUGGUCUGAUGACUUCAUUGAGUUCAGUGGGAACCUUGAACUGAAGGGCAACACAACUGAGCCCCUGAGGGCUGUUCCUGGCUGUCAGAAUGAGUGCACAGCUGGAGGAUGUUCGGCUGAAACAGCAAAGCAUGUGACUGAAUCUUUCAAGGCUUCCGACUUGAUUAUCACUCCAGCUACGACUUUCAAGGAAAAACCAGACCCCAGUGGUUUGGUAUUUGGAACUGUGUUCACUGAUAAUAUGCUGACAAUUGAAUGGUCCAUGGCUUCAGGAUGGGAGAAACCUCAUAUUAAGCCACUUGAGAACCUUUCGUUGCAUCCAGCCUCCUCAUCUCUGCAUUAUGCUGUAGAAUUGUUUGAAGGAAUGAAGGCUUACCGAGGAGUGGAUGGCAAAAUCCGACUGUUCCGGCCAAACCUCAACAUGACCAGGAUGGUGCGAUCAGCAAGACGAGCAGCUCUGCCAUGUUUUGACCAGAAUGAGCUGUUAGAGUGCAUCCGGAAGCUUGUGGAAGUGGAAAAGGAGUGGGUCCCGUACUCAACCGCUGCCAGCCUGUACAUCCGUCCUACCUUAAUUGGAACUGAGCCUUCCCUUGGAGUGAAGAAGCCAACCAAAGCCCUUCUGUAUGUCAUAUUGAGCCCUGUGGGCCCUUACUUUGCAAGUGGGAGCUUUAAUCCAAUAUCCUUAUGGGCAGAUCCAAAAUAUGUAAGAGCCUGGAAAGGAGGAACGGGGGACUGCAAACUGGGAGGGAAUUAUGGUUCUUCUAUUUAUGCCCAGCAAAAAGCCCUGGAGUUUGGCUGCCAGCAAGUUUUGUGGCUUUAUGGAGAAGAUCACCAAAUAACUGAAGUUGGAACAAUGAAUCUGUUUCUCUACUGGUUAAAUGAAGAUGGAG